AUGGCUAUCCUCUCUCGUCUGCUCACCACCGUCACGCUGGGCUCUCUGCUCACCUCAGCGGUGGCCCAAUCGUCCGGCUGCGGCAAGCAGCCUACUCUCACCAACGGCGUGCAGAACAUCAACGGCCGCGAGUACAUCCUGAACAUCCCCGAGGGCUAUGACAGCAGCAAGCAAUACAAGCUUAUCUUCGGCCUGCACUGGCUGGGCGGGAGUAUGAACGAUGUUGUCUCCGGCAAUAGCAUCGAGCCGUGGUACGGUCUCGAGUCGCGCGCCGAGGGCAGCGCCAUCUUCGUGGCCCCCAACGGCCUCAACGCCGGCUGGGCCAACAAUGGCGGCGAGGACACCGCUCUCAUGGACGCCAUCAUUGAGGCCGUCGAAGCCGACCUCUGCAUCGACCAGAGCUCCCGCUUCGCCACGGGCUUUAGCUUCGGCGGUGGCAUGUCGUAUGCUCUUGCCUGCGCUCGUGCCAGCAAGUUCCGCGCCGUGUCUGUCCUGUCUGGUGGCGUGAUCAGCGGGUGUGACGGCGGCAACGACCCCAUUGCUUACCUUGGCAUUCACGGUAUCAAUGAUCCCGUCCUGCCUAUCGACGGUGGCAUCGAGAUGGCCAACAAGUUUGUUCAGAACAACGGGUGCCAGUCGGCCGACGUUGGACGCCCGAACUCCGGCAGCGGCCAGUCAGUCCGCACGGACUUCCAGGGCUGCUCGCGCCCGGUCUCUUUCAUUGCCUAUGACGGCGGUCACGAGGGUGCGCCUCUUGGGGUCGGAAACCCGCUCGCCCCUGAUGCGACCUGGGAGUUUUUCACCGGGGCCUAG